CUUCGUCUUUUAAAUUACUUGAAACCGAACUUUUAGUUAUCAUUAUUAUAAGUCUGCAGUUCUUCCAUUUUAAAUGCAGAUGAGUAUAAUGUCAUCAGAUCCCAUUUGUUGGGAUAAUUUUAAUCAAGAACAUCUAAUAAUUUUAAUCAUUGGAAUUGUGUCGUCUCUAUGGAUUUAUUGGCUGUUUUUUAUACCAUUUCGAUGGAACAAUCACCUGAGCGAUAUGAAAUAUUCACAGAUGACAAGACUUUUUGCGAAUAAUUUGAAACGUGAUUCAAUUAACCGAUUACGUAAAGUAAGAAGUCCAGCUACAGCCGAAAUGCCUCCACCUUUUCCCAACGGUUGGUAUGGCAUUCUGGAAUCGUCCCGACUCAGAGACGGGGAGGCUACAUUUUUGUCAUGUUUAGGAGAACAUCUGGUCGUGUAUCGCACUCAUACCCAUGAGGUAUAUAUUUUAGAUGCUUAUUGUCCGCACUUAGGAGCGAAUUUGGGUAUUGGAGGGCGCGUUGUCGGCGACUGUAUUGAAUGCCCUUUUCAUAAAUGGAGUUUCCGAGGAUCAGAUGGAGUCUGCACAAAUAUUCCGUACAGUACAUCAGUUCCCAAAGGCUCAAAACUGAAAAAGUGGAUAUCACAAGAAGUUAACGGAUAUAUUUUCAUUUGGUAUCAUUCUGAGCCGACGGAAUUACCCUGGGAACUAUCUUCAUCUAUGGAAGGAUUGCAAGAAAGCUUUGUUUACCAAGGGCAAAAUCAAUUUUUUAUUAAUUGUCAUAUUCAAGAAAUACCGGAAAAUGGAGCCGAUUUGGCGCACUUUGAUGCAAUUCACAAAAAAAACUUUAUUGCUGACUUUUUGGUGACAAAAAAUAUUUUCGCAGAACAUUUUGGACAUCAUCAAUGGACGGCAAGGUGGUUUCCGCGUUUUGGAAAAAGCAAGCAUUUAGCGGAAGUGAAUCUUACUCAUGCAUUGGUAAUAUUUGGAAAAUAUAACUGUUUUCGUAUGGAUAUAUCUGGCAAACAGAUCGGACCGUCUUUUGUAUGCCUGAAAGUAAGUUCUACUUUAUUUGGAAAUUUUCAAGUUUUCCAAAGUAUUACACCCAUUGGGCCCUUUUUACAAAAAGUUGUGCAUCGAUUUUAUGCUCCUCGGUACUUUGGGCCACUUAUAAAAAUAUUUAUUUUUGGGGAAAGUCUUAUGUUUCAACGAGAUAUUAAUGUAUGGAAUAAUAAAAUGUUCCGUCGAAAUCCAAUCUUAGCAAAGGAAGAUGCAUCCAUUAAGAAGUUUCGAAUGUGGUUUUCACAGUUCUACACAUCAAACAGCAAACCUUUUACAGAAACUACCACUGUAAGCUGGUAGCUAACAGAUCGUAAAGUUAAAUAUAUAAUUAACUAUUAAGAUUUG